AUGGCUGUACCGCUACCGGGCUUCACCCCGCUCCUGCUCUCGUCUCUGGCACUCCACCUGCUUCUCCUCGGCCCUUUGUUCGCUCUCGCCCCGGGGACGGUGAAUACAGGAGGGGCUUCCAUCCGCUGGAUCCCGGGCCUCUGUUACCGAGACGCCGGUAAAGUGAGCCAGCAGCAACAGCAGCAGCGCGAGGAAGCAGGGGAGUUGCCGAGGGGCAGCUGGAAUCUACGCCCUAGCAGGUGGACCGUAGAGCGGAUACAGACUGAGGGAUGCUCUGGAGUGCAGCGCGCAGAGAGGACGCUGGGAAGAUAUCACCAGGAUGGGGCGAGGGGGACACGGAAGGAGGGACUGAAAGGAGUCGGGACGUUUUGGAGGAGUGGAAACGGCCCUACGGCACCAUCGUCACCUCCACCUCCUCUUCACCCAGGUAUUAGGAGCAGGUCGAGCUCUGAUGGCGUCGGCGCAGGACAGGGAGUGGAGAGAGGGGGGAUUACGAGGAAGGGCGUUGUUUUUCCUCCCGCUUCACCUGCUUUCACCUCCUCGCCGGUUCAAAACGGCAAGAAACGGGCAGUACAAAGGACUAGAGCGUGCGCGCAACGGUGGCCGGCGUCGAGGCCACACCUCGCCAAACGUGGCGCCGCUAGAGCCUUUGUGCACGCCUCUGGCCUGUGCAGGGCACCCGGAAGUGGAGAGAUGAGAGGGGGAGAGGUGCGGGAGAGGGCUCGUGAGACCGGCAACACAGAUACAAUUCAGCCACAUCCAGUUUACAGGAACAGCAACAAAAAAAAGGCUUGGGAUGCUGAUGGGAGCUCAGCCAACGUGGACAGGAGGGCUGCCACGUCUCACUCUGUAACAGCAACCAAAGCACGUGCUGUCACUCAGCCUGAUGACACCACAGCAGAACACCUCUCGUUUUUCUCAGAAAUUAACCUGACCACAUGGCAGGGUGACUCCUCAACUUCUGUGGACAUGGUUUCAGCACGACGGACAGCUCCCCCAGACUCUCAGCGCGUGUUCAUGUGGAUCAAAUUCAACAGCAACAGCAAUAACAACAACGAAGAGGAGGGGAGCAAGGAGACAAAUGGAUAUAGUCGUGAAUCUAAAAUAGAAAAAUCGCCGUGGCAUGGUCAGACACAGCAACCAGACCUGUGGGAGACCACACUGCCAGAGAUGGUCAAGGCAGGGUGCGCUGACAGCAUUUACACCGACUGUACAGCCACCGAGCAGGGGGACCAGCAUAUGCAAUUAAAUCCCGGUAAGCAAGUGCCAUUAGAGCCCGAAGGUGUCAGACAGUCAGAUAGGCGGCAGAUGGGGGGCGAGGGAGAAAGGGAGAGGGAUGCAGAAAGGGAGGGAGAGGGCUUGGAGGGGUCCGCUGCUGUUGCUGCUGUUGUUGGGGGAGGGAAAUUACAGGUGGGGGAUGGCGAGAGAGAGGCGCGGCUGAUGGGAGGGAGAGAACCAGAGGGAGAGGAGAAAGAGGAGGAGGAGAGGGAAAAGAGAAUAACAAAGGCAAGCCAGGCAGAGGGAGGGAAGGGUCAAUAUAGGGGCAGUAGCACCACCACCAUCACACAGCCAGAUAGCGAAAUAGGGAAGAAAGAGAGCCAGGCAGAUGAAAGCCAUGAGGGAGAAAGGGGGAGGAAGAUUUUGAUGCCUUGGCCUCGCUCGCGACGUGCAGCCAACAGACAUCCCCAUUUCUCCCAGUACAACUUCCAAGUACAAGUAGCUGAGAACCAGCCACCCGGCACCUCAGUCAUUAUCAUGACCGCUUCAGACCCAGAUGCAGGAGAUGCAGGCAGGGUGAGUUACACCAUGGCUCCGCUGAUGAACAGUCGAUCAUCUGACUACUUCCACAUCCACCCAGACACAGGUCUCAUCACCUCCACUCAGAUUCUAGACAGAGAACACAUGGAUUUGCAUUACUUCCGGGUCACAGCGACGGAUCAUGGCUCCUCUCGCCUCUCUGGCACCACAAUGGUGGCCAUUACUGUUUCAGACCGGAAUGAUCACUCUCCUAUAUUUGAGCAGACAGAGUACAGGGAGACGAUCAGGGAGAACGUAGAGGAGGGGUAUCCCAUCUUACAGCUGAGAGCGACAGACUUAGACUCCCCAUCCAAUGCCAAUAUCCGUUACCGCUUUGUCGGUGACACGGCUGCAAUAGCAAGAGCGGCCUUUGAGAUUGACCCACGCUCUGGCCUCAUUACAACCCGUGGAUCGGUGGACCGGGAAACCAACGAGCACUACACUUUACAGGUGGAGGCCAGUGACCAGGGGAAGGAACCGGGGCCACGCUCCGCUACUGUUAAAGUUUUCAUUACUGUCUUGGAUGAAAAUGACAAUGUGCCACAGUUCAGUGAAAAGCGCUAUGUGGUAGCAGUGAAGGAGGAUGUACGGCCUCACUCUGAGAUCCUCCGUGUGAGUGCCACGGACCUGGACAAGGACAGUAACGCUGCUGUUCACUAUAAUAUCAUCAGUGGUAACAGCCGUGGACAGUUUUCCAUCGACAGUGUCACUGGGGAGAUCAAUGUUGUGGCGCCACUAGACUAUGAGGCAGAGCGGGAGUAUACGCUCCGUGUUCGUGCACAGGACAAUGGCCGCCCACCUCUCUCCAACAACACCGGUAUUGUCAGUGUACAGGUGACGGAUGUCAACGACAACCCACCAAUCUUUGUGUCCACACCAUUCCAGGCGUCUGUGCUUGAGAGCGCCCCAGUUGGUAGUUCCAUCCUCCACAUUCAGGCCAUUGAUACCGAUUCCGGUGAUAACGCCCGCCUGGAGUACAGGUUAACUGGCACCAGCUCUGACACACCAUUCAUUAUCAAUUCUGCAACCGGCUGGGUCACUGUGAGCUCCAUUCUUGACCGAGAAUCUGUGGAACACUAUUUCUUUGGUGUGGAGGCCAGGGAUUAUGGCAUGCCGCCUCUUUCUGCCACGGCAAGUGUUACAAUUACAGUGAUGGACGUUAAUGACAACCGCCCUGAGUUCCUCCAAAAGGAGUACUAUUCUCGCCUGAAUGAGGACGCUGUGGUUGGUACCAGCGUAGUGACUGUCACGGCUGUGGACCGGGAUGUCAACAGUGCGGUGACCUAUCAGAUUACAGGAGGAAACACCAGAAACCGCUUUGCCAUCAGCACAGCAGGAGGGGCUGGACUUCUCACAUUAGCUCUCCCAUUGGACUACAAACAGGAGCGGCGUUACGUUCUAACAGUCACUGCCUCAGACCGCACACUCCACGACACCUGUCAGGUGCACAUCAACAUCACAGAUGCCAACACGCAUCGGCCUGUAUUCCAGAGUGCCCACUACUCAGUCAGCGUGAAUGAGGACCGACCACCCGGAAGCACUGUAGUUGUGAUCAGUGCCACGGAUGAUGAUGUUGGUGAAAAUGCUCGAAUCACAUACUUCCUCGAGGACAAUAUCCCACAAUUCCGCAUCGACACCGGCACAGGGGCUAUAACACUCCAGGCAGAGCUCGACUAUGAGGACCAGAUGACCUACACUUUGGCUAUAACAGCUAAAGACAACGGCAUACCACAGAAAUCAGACACUACAUAUGUUGAGGUUAAUGUGAAUGAUGUGAACGACAACGCACCUCAGUUCCUCAGCCCCAGAUAUCAGGGAACAGUGAGCGAAGACGCCCCUCCCUUUACUAGUGUCCUCCAAAUCUCAGCCACUGACCGCGAUGCACACGCAAAUGGUCGUGUUCAGUACACCUUCCAAAAUGGUGAGGAUGGGGAUGGAGACUUUACCAUUGAGCCUACAUCUGGCAUCGUCCGAACCGUUCGCCGGUUGGACCGUGAGAGUGUGCCAUUCUAUGAGCUCACGGCUUAUGCCGUAGAUCGCGGCGUGCCCCCUCAGCGAACCCCCGUCCACAUCCAGGUGACGGUCCUGGAUGUGAACGACAAUGCCCCUGUCUUCCCUGCGGAUGACUUUGAGGUUCUAGUGAAGGAAAACAGCGCAGUGGGCUCUGUGGUAGCCCAGAUCACGGCCACUGACCCAGAUGAAGGCGCCAACGCUCAGAUCAUGUACCAAAUCGUGGAGGGCAACAUCCCUGAGAUCUUUCAGAUGGACAUCUUUUCAGGGGAACUCACUUCACUUAUUGAUCUUGACUAUGAGGCCCGCAAUGAGUAUGUCAUCGUAGUCCAGGCCACAUCAGCACCUCUUGUCAGCCGGGCCACUGCCCGGAUCCGAUUGGUGGACCAGAACGACAACCGGCCCACUCUGCAGGACUUCCAAAUCAUAUUCAACAACUUUGUGUCCAAUCGGUCCAACAGUUUCCCCAGCGGGGUAAUUGGGAGGGUACCCGCCCACGACCCUGAUGUGUCAGACAGACUGUACUACACCAUCGACCGAGGGAAUGAGCUUCACCUGCUGCUCCUGAAUCACACCAGUGGAGAGAUCCGACUGAGCCGAAAACUGGAUAACAACAGGCCGCUGGUGGCUCCCAUGCUGAUCACUGUCACAGAUGGCGUCCACAGCAUUUCAGCCCAGUGUGUUCUCCGCGUCCUCAUCAUCACAGAGAACAUGCUGGGCAGCAGUGUCACUGUCCGCCUCCAGAACAUGUCCCAGGAGCACUUCCUGUCACCACUGCUGGGUAACUUCCUGGAAGGCGUGUCAGCAGUGCUCUCUGUGCCUGUCGAGGAUGUUUUCAUCUUCAAUAUCCAGCCCGAUCUGGAUGCUGCGCCGGGCGGGAUCCUGAAUGUCAGCUUCUCUGCUGCGUUGCCCGGCGGACUCUUCUUCCCCUCUGAGACCCUGGAGGAACAGCUGUACCUGAACAGGCCGAGGCUGACGUCACUGACACAGAUGGAGGUUCUUCCGUUCGACGACAAUGUGUGUCUGCGUGAGCCAUGCCAAAACUACAUGAAGUGUAUCUCAGUGCUGCGCUUCAACAGCUCUGCCCCCUUCAUCUCCUCGCCCUCCAUCUUGUUCCGGCCCAUCCACCCCAUCGCAGGCCUACGCUGCCGCUGCCCGGUUGGCUUCACGGGUGAUUACUGCGAGACGGAGAUCAACCUGUGUUACUCCAACCCCUGCCUGAACGGAGGGGUUUGCGCCCGCAGAGAAGGAGGGUACACCUGCAUCUGCCGUGAAGAUUAUACUGGUGACCGGUGUGAGUUUGACCGGCGGCAGGGCAGAUGUGUGCCAGGUGUGUGUCGUAAUGGAGGGACGUGUCGGGAGCUCUCAGGUGGUGGUUUCCGCUGUGAGUGUCCUGCCGGAGGCUAUGAGCAUCCAUACUGCACAGUCACUGCCCGGUCCUUCCCACCAAAGUCCUUCGCCAUGUUCCGGGGCCUCAGACAGAGAUUUCACCUGUCCAUCUCGUUAACUUUUGCCACUCUGGAGAACAGUGGUCUUCUCUUCUAUAAUGGACGCUUCAAUGAGAAACACGACUUCAUCGCCUUGGAGAUCCAAGAAGGACAAGUUGUGCUCAAAUAUUCCACAGGUGAAUCGUCCACUCAAGUGAGUCCCUUCCUGCCUGGCGGUGUGAGCGAUGGCAACUGGCAUACUGUUCACAUCCAUUACUACAACAAGCCCAAACGCAGUAUGAGCGGUGAGGCCCAGGGUCCGUCAGAUGAGAAGAUUGCUGUGGUGAGCGUUGACGACUGUGAUACAGCAUUGUCGCUUCGCUUCGGUACACAGCUCGGAAAUUACAGCUGCGCUGCGCAGGGAAAACAGGCCAGCAGCAAGAAGUCUCUGGACCUGACUGGUCCGUUGUUUCUGGGCGGAGUUCCCAAUGUACCAGGCAACUUCCCGUUUGGCACCAGGGAGUUUAUCGGCUGUAUGAAGGAGCUGCACAUUGACAACAAGCCCCUGGACUUGGCUGGGUUUAUUGCUAACAAUGAAACGCUACCCGGCUGCAGUGCCAAGCUUCCCUUCUGUAAGUCCAACCCCUGUCAGAACGGAGGAACCUGCAGUGUGAGCUGGGAGACUUUCUCCUGCGACUGUCCCCUAGGGUACGGAGGAAAGGACUGCAGCCACGUGAUGCCACACCCCCAUCGCUUCCUGGGAAACAGCGCCCUCUGGUGGGACCUGAAGAACGACGUAACCAUCUCCACGCCCUGGUACCUCGGCCUGGUGUUCAGGACCAGAGCGCGAGAUGGGACGCUGCUGCAGGCUCAGGCGGGCCAGUACACUAGCCUGCUGUUCCAGGUGAUAAAUGGUCAGCUGGUGUUCUCUGUGACCCGGGGUUCGACCAGACCGGUGCGUUUGCGGUUGGAUCAGGUUCAGGUGGCAGACGGCCGGUGGCACGACCUCCAACUGGAGCUGCGAGACGUUCGUAGCGGCCGUGAGACACGCUACGUUGCCACACUACGGCUCGACUUUGGACUUUCUCAGGGAACAGUGAUAGUGGGAAAUGAGAUUCAUGGUUUGAAGGUGAAACAUCUACAUGUGGGAGGAGUGCUGGGCUCUGGAGAGGUUCAAAACGGGAUAAAAGGAUGCAUACAGGGCGUUCGGUUGGGUGUUCGACCUGACACCCCUCCCCUGCCACGCCCGUCGAGAGCUGUCAAGGUAGAGACCGGCUGUAAUGUCGGCAACCCCUGCGUCUCAUCUCCUUGUCCCGGCCACAGCCGCUGUUCUGACCAAUGGGAGCGGCACACCUGUACAUGUGAACCUGGUUACUAUGGUAGAGGCUGCACUGACGCUUGCCAUCUGAAUCCAUGUGAAAACGAGGCUCGGUGCCACAGGAAGCCCAGCUCUUCCCAUGGAUACAUCUGUGACUGUGGAGACAACCACUAUGGGCAGUACUGCCAACACAGGAUUGACCACCAGUGUCCCAGAGGUUGGUGGGGAUCUCCAACCUGUGGACCCUGUCACUGUGACACUAAUAAAGGCUUUGACCCUGACUGCAACAAGACCAGCGGACACUGUCAAUGCAAGGAGUUUCACUACCGUCCACGGGGCUCGGACACCUGCCUGCCAUGUGACUGCUACCCGGUGGGUUCCUUCUCGCGGUCAUGUGACCCAGAGACAGGCCAGUGCCAGUGCAGGCCCGGCGUGAUUGGCCGCCAAUGCAACAUAUGUGACAGCCCCUUCGCUGAGGUCACGAAUUCAGGCUGUGAAGUCAUUUAUGAUGGUUGUCCAAAAACCAUCACUCAGGGGAUCUGGUGGCCUCGGACCAAGUUCAACCUGCCUGCCGCAGUGCCCUGCCCCAAAGGCUCCGUCGGUGCAGCCAUCAGACACUGUGAUUUAGAGAGAGGAUGGCUGGAGCCAGACCUUUAUAACUGCACCUCACCUCCAUUUGUGGAGCUCAAUGCCGCUCUUGAUUCUCUGGAGCGUAAUGAGACAGAACUAAACACAAUUAUGGAGAAGAAACUUGCCCACCAGCUCCGUGACGUCACCGAGGCAACCGCCCGACUCUACGGUAACGACUUGCAGAUCACCGAACGGCUGCUGUCCCGCCUCCUGACCUUCGAGACCCAACAGAGCGGCUUCGGACUCACUGCUACUCAGGAUGCACAUUUUAAUGAGAACAUUGUGCGGGGCUGCAGUGUGCUGUUGGGUCCUGGUACCUCUGGGCUUUGGCGGGCUCUCGCUCAGAGUCAGAACCACAUACCGGGUGGCGGUCCGGCCGAGCUGACGGAGCUGCUGGAGCAGUACGCCCAGAAUCUGGCUCAGAACAUGAAGCUCACCUACCUCAAUCCUGUGGCGCUGGUUGCUCCAAACAUAGUCAUGAACCUGGACCGUGUGGAGAACCAGACCCAUGUGCGGCGGCGUUUCCCACGUUACCACACCACCCUAUUUCGCGGCCAAGCAUUGUGGGAUCCCAACACCCAUGUGUUACUGCCCCCUGCUGCCCUGGUGCCACAACGACAGCAACAACAACACAACUGGAAGGAGAAGGAGCGGACAGAAAAAGAGCCCUUGGCCCCACAGAAUGCUGCUCCUGCCCCUGUCAGUAUCUCAGCCAAUCAGACAGGAGAAUACACUGCAGCAAGACGCACUGUUUCAAUGCCAGAGCCUCCCAUCACCAUCGUCAUCAUGCUGAUAUAUCGCAGUCUGGGCAGCGCCCUCCCUCCCAAGUACCACACAGACCGACGAGGAGUGAGGCUUCCCAGACACCCGGUAAUGAACUCCCCAGUGGUCAGUAUCUCUGUCUACAACAACCAGACGUUUGUGGGCGGACAAUUGGACCAGCCCAUUCUGCUUGAGUUCAAGCUGCUGGAGACGGCCAAUCGCAGCAAGCCACUGUGCGUGCAGUGGAACCACAGCAGUCCGUAUGAGAUAGGAGGUUGUUGGACAGUCAGGGACUGUACGGUAGUGUACAGGAACACCUCACAUGUCCGCUGUCAGUGCCAGAGACUGGGCACCUUCGGCGUGCUGAUGGACAGUUCACACAGAGAGCAGUUGGAGGGGGAUCUGGAGACGCUGGCCCUGGUCACAUACUCUUCUCUGUGUGUCUCCAUGCUGGCCCUCCUCCUCACUGUCCUGGUGCUCUCAUGCCUCCGAGGCCUCAAGUCCAACACCAGAAGCAUACAUUCAAACACAGCGGCAGGCAUGUUUUUGUCGGAGCUGGUGUUUCUGCUCGGGGUCAAUCACACUGAACAACCGUUCCUUUGCACAGUCGUCGCCAUUCUCCUGCAUUACUUCUUCAUGUCCACGUUUGCGUGGAUGUUCGUGGAGGGCCUUCAUAUCUACCGCAUGCAGACCGAGCAACGCAACAUUAACUAUGGUGCCAUGAGGUUCUACUACGCCAUCGGCUGGGGCGUGCCCGCCAUUAUCACAGGCCUGGCGGUGGGCUUGGACCCAGAGGGUUAUGGGAACCCAGACUUUUGUUGGAUCUCCAUCUAUGACAAACUCAUCUGGAGCUUUGCUGGUCCUAUAGCCAUCGUCAUACUGAUGAAUGGAGGCAUUUUUAUGAUUGUAGCCAAGAUGUCCUGCAAUCCCUCUCAGAAGGAGACCAAGAAGCUCCCUGUCAUUGCUACUGUUCGCAAUGCCUUCUUGCUGUUGCUGGUGGCCACCUCCACCUGGUUAUGUGGUCUGAUGGCUGUGAACAACAGCAUCCUGGCUUUCUACUACAUAUUCGAUGUCCUCUGUCUAGUGCAGGGUCUGUCGGUGAUGCUGGUCUUCACUGUGUUCAACUCAGAGGUUAAGGAGGCCUGGAGCGUAGCCUGUUUGGGUAAGAAGAGCCCUGGAGAAGACCCACCAAGACCAACACAGAACACUGCUCAGAACCCCUAUCACAACGCAUCUCUGUUGGAGCAGAGCGGGCUGCACCGAAUCACUCUGGGAACCUCCACCAUCUCCUCCGUCAGCUCGGCCAGAGAAAAUCUUUUGGCUCGUCAGACUCUGGAACAAAACAUCGUCCAGACCGGAGCAACAGACCUGGAUGUAGCCAUGUUCCACAGAGACGGAGGUGAAGAUUCAGACUCAGACUCAGACCUCUCCAUGGAGGAGGAGUGCAGUCUCUCCAUUCCUUCCUCUGAGAGCGAGGACAACGUCCGACUCCGUGGGCGCAUCCAACGGCGAUUCAAACGCUCCAAUCACAGUGAGCGUCUGCUCACAGAGCCCACCCACAACGGCACCAAAGAUCUGGAUGGUAAUGACCUUCUGUCCUACUGGCCAGCUUUGGAAGAGUGUGAGACACACAGCCUUCAGAAGUGGGGCUCAGAGCGCCCCCUGGGGGGAGAUUACAGCAAGGACGCUGCCAACAACAACCAGACUGACGCAGCGCUGACCAGUGGGGACGAGAACGGCCUCACCCAGCCACACAGGCACCGCAAGGGUAUCCUGAAGAAUCGCCUCGGUUGUCCCCCAGCACUCCAGGGUCUCUCCACCAUGGGCCGGGUCCCCAGUGAGCUCAACUGGUACCGAACCUCUACUCUGGGUCACCGGGGUGUUCCUGCAGCCUCGUACGGUCGUAUGUACUCUGCCACGGCUGGUGCCAGUGGAGGUUCCGGCUCUCUCUCCCAACCUGCUUCCCGGUACUCCUCCAGGGAACAACUGGACUCGCUGUCUCGGAGGCAACUGUCCAGGGAUCCACUUGGGAGGCAAACGGUAGGGGGUUCGAGGGACCGACUGGACUCCCGGGGUUCCAGGGACAACUUGGAUCUCUUACCCAGGAGGAGAGACCUGGGGCAGGGAGCAGGGCUCGGGGGCCUGGGUCUGGAUCACCAGCGAGCCUCUUCAUCCAGGGAGAACUUGACAGGAUCCAGGGACAGACUGGACAACCACCACACCGGUAGCGUCCACGCCUCGAGGGAGGACUUGAGUGGAAACGGGGGAGCGGGAAUGGAGGGAUACCUCAGCGGAUCGAGGUCGCAGCUGAACUCGCUACCUCGGCGGCAGGCCUCAUCCCGCGAGCACCUAGCGGGGGCGCUGAUGAGCAGUAGGUCAAGAGAGCAGCUGGAGACCAACGGAGGGGGAGCCCAGGCUCAGCCGUGUCGGGAGUGGCUCCGCACUCUGCCUCCCCGCCAGCCCUCGCACCCCGACCAGCCUCCCUCCUCCUCCCCUCCUCCCCCGAUCUCUGAGGAGCCUCAGCACGAGCAGCCCCCAGCUCACGGCAGAGGACGACUGGACUCUGCACCUCCAUGUAGGUACCCUGGUCAGACUGUCCCACAGGUCGCAGGUUCAAAUCCAAACCCUCUGGGUCGACAACCAUCCAGUGAACACCUGGAUAUUCUGUCCUCUAUCCUGGCAUCCUUUAGUUCCUCCGUCCUCACUCCUCCCCCCGCUGCCUCUAACCCUGGGCCGAAUGGCUCCGCCCACGGACCCUCCCUUUCCCCGUCCCAGUCAGCCACCUCCCACAGCAUAUCUGAAGUCUCCCCCGACUCCGAAGCCAACAGAAGUGAAGGACAGUCUUGAUGACAGCCUCUAUAUCCCUUUAUGCAUUGUGACAGUGCUUGGAUCACCAGGGACAAGUUCAAAGGUCAUGUAUGAUCCUGAACCACUGGGGCACCCUGGGACAUCGGAGGACUAAAAACAAACUUGGGACAGAGGAGACACAGAGUUGGAAAGAAAGUAAGACAGAGAGAGCACCCAUGAGGAUAAAAGAGGGCUCGUGGGCGGUUUGUACUGUAUAAAUGAAGUUUUUUUUCUAGUCCCACCGCCUACAAUGAUCUGUGACGUUUCUUUGGACGAUGAGUCAACCACCUCUACUACCUAAAAACUGUUAAAAGACAAAAACAAACUCCUCAGAUUUCAAACGCAGAAGUCAGCUUGAUCCAGACAACAUCCGUCUAAAAGAAAAAAAACUGUAUAUAACAUUUUUAUACAUUUUGUAUCUUUUUCAUUGGAGAUGAAGAAGAAAUCUCUUGUGCUGUUUUCUUUUUUUUAAUGAUUGUGUCCGGUUGUGCGCGAGGUUGGUGCGAGUGCAGUCUUGUUCGUUGCCGAGGGAGACAUUACCCCUACAAAGAAGAAAAAAAAAAAAGAAUCCCCAAAUUUAUUUUUCCGCAGAAACUUUUCCUCACACUCAUCAACUCUGUGUACAGCGACAGGGGUCUGGCAAUAUAAAUCUGUUGAGAUUAUCGAAACCGCGACACGUGGUUGAAGGGAAAAUAUCAAAGUAGGGAGAAAGUGAUUGUAAAUAGAGGAAGGGAUUACUAUAAGAGAAGAGAUUUGAUGGAAGAUGAUUGUUAAGAGAAAGAUGGCCAGCGUUAAGCUAAAACGCCACAUGAAGGUUCAGAGUUGGUGGUUCAACUUCUAAAGCUCAGUCGUGAGUGUUAUCGGCUCUCUUUCAGGAGAUUGUGCUGUUUUGUGAUCCACUGUACAUGAAUGUGACCUUGUCAUCUGUGUAUCUUUGUGCCUGGUGCUGUCUGAACCAGACCAUAUCAGUCUUGAUUGAUAUAUCGGAGACCUGGCGGGUGAAGGUAGAUAGUUGUCUGCGUGUCUGUAUGACGCUGUGUCAUGUAACAACCGUUUAAAGACCCUCAAGGUAUUUUUGCUCUUUGAUGCAUCACGACUCAACCUGCCUCGAGAGACACCACAGGAACAGCCGAAUGUCUCCGGCAGCAUCCAGGAGACUUCUAAAUAGAAGCUUCUCGUGCAGAAUUCUGUAUAAAUCCAAGCCAAAGGGACAGCUGCGUAAAAUCAGUACCAUACAUCGCUCUCCACUUCUCUGUGACGAAAAUGACUUGUGCAGGGUGUGAACGCUCUAGAUGCAAUUCACAGUUUUGUUUUUAAUCAUGAUUCAUUUUUUCCUUUAAUGAUUGCCAUGAAAACAAGCUUAAAUUGAAACAUUGUUUUUUUUAUGAAUGAGGCCCUAGAUCUGCGCUACAACAUACUGUAAUCCACUGUGGUUGGCAUUGUAUUUGGCUGCAUACUAUAUAAGCAAAUGGAUUUUGGUUUGGAAUGUAGGAGGAGAGCGGAUCAAAGGGAAAA